UAAACCUUUCUUUACAAAAGGAGAUGAUGAUAGAAUGCUGUUACCUCUGCCAAUCUUAUCAUCAGUUUCUAUUCAAUAUGAAUCGAACUGCUGUGACGGCACGAGCUCAGGUUUACCCAGUGAAGUUCUCUUUGUUGCCUUCGCGCAACAGAGAGAGCAGCUUCAUUCGAUUUGGGUUUCUUCCCCUGAGAAAGGAGCGUUUUGGGCUGAAUAUCGUAGUUGGAGCCAGGCUUUCUAACUUCUCUUCUUCUCGUAUUGGCUGGGAUAGCAAGACCUUUCAGUCUCAGGAUUUAUCCCAAUUUUCUUGGAUUGGUCCAGUUCCUGGGGACAUUGCAGAAGUUGAAGCAUAUUGCAGAAUUUUUAGAGCUGCUGAGCAGAUUUAUACUGCUAUAAUGGACACUUUGUGCAAUCCCUUAACCAGAGAAUGUGCUGUUUCAUAUAACUACCAAUCAGGGGAUCAAGCAUCAUUGGAAGACAAACUAGAAGCAGUGCUUGGCUGCAUGAUAGCUCUUUUGAACAAAGGUAGGGAGGAUGUUCUUUCCGAGAGAUCUUCUUUCAUGAAUUCAUUUCGAGAUUCAGAUGUAAAUCUCUUGGAGGAUAAGCUUCCACCACUUGCCAUUUUCAGAAAUGAGAUGAAAAGGUGUUGCCAAAGUUUGCAUGUUGCCCUUGAGAACUAUUUGGUCCCAUCUAGCGACCAAAGCAUCAUUAUAUGGAGGAAAUUACAGAGGCUAAAGAAUGUGUGCUAUGAUGUUGGCUUUCCUUGUGGGGAUGGUUAUCCCUGCCAGGUGCUAUUUGCGAACUGGACUCCCAUUUAUUUAUCCCCGCCAAAAGAACAAGCAUCCAAAGAUUCUGAAGUAGCCUUUUGGACUGGUGGCCAGGUAACAGAUGAAGGUUUGGAGUGGUUAUUGGGGAAAGGAUAUAAAACUAUUGUGGAUUUGAGAGCAGAGGCAGUCAACGAUUACUCGUAUCAAGCUGCCAUUGAUGAUGCAGUUCUAAGUGGGAAAGUUGAAGUGGUCAAAUUGCCAGUUAAAGUUGGAACAGCACCUUCAAUGGAUCAGGUUAAGAAGUUUGCAUUUUUAGUAGCGGAUUCUAAUAAAAAGCCAAUUUAUCUCCAUAGCCAGGAAGGUGUUCGGAGGAGUUCUGCUAUGGUCUCAAGAUGGAGGCAGUAUGCCACUCGCUCUGCUUCACAGUUAGUCCCCAAUGGAAUGCUAACAGAAGAUCCAGAGGGAGGCAGGCAGAUAAUUUUAAAUUCAGAAGGGGUUACACACUUAGAAGAUGACAAUAAAUCACUGACUCAGAAGUCGGUUACUUCUGAUAGUCCCCAGGAGAUAUCUUGCGAACAAGUAUCUCCAAUAUUGGAGAACCAUGAUUCAACUGAAAAUGACUCUUAUAGAAGUCUCGUUUUUUCCCGAGAUACAAUAUCCACAAGGGGAGCUGAUGGGAAUGAGUUAGGAUCUUUUGUACCCUUUUCCAAUGAAAUUGACCCACUCAAGUCUCAGAUCCCGAAUGGCAAUGUUUUCUCCAGAAAGGAGAUGUGUAAGUUUUUCAGAAGUAGAAAUAUCUCACCACCUACUUAUUUCAAUUAUGAGAGGAAAAGGUUGGAAGUGACGCUGGUUUCAUGUGAAACGUUUACAAAAACAAGCCAGAAUGGUGAAAUUCUUGGGACUACUAGUAUUUCAGGGCUAAUGGAGUCAGGUAGUUCAAAUGGGAUAUUUAGUGAUAAAAAUAUGUACUCAACAUCCCGAAGAUCUUAUAGCACUGAAAAAUACAUGGUGGGUGAUACUUUUGUUAGUUUAGGUGCAAGUUUGAAUUCAUUUGGAAGAGAAGAGAAGUAUGUUGAUACUGAAACUAAUGUUUCUACCAGUUUGAGUGUUGACUUAGAAAGGAAUGAUACAUCUACAGCUAUUAAAGAGGAGCAUAAGAGCAAUGGUCAACCCUCCAUAGCAUCAGAUAAUGAUGACUUGGAGCUUGUUGAAGGUAAUAUGUGUGCUUCUACAACUGGUGUUGUAAGAGUGCAGUCAAGAAAGAAGGCAGAGAUGUUCUUAGUUCGCACAGAUGGAUUUUCUUGUACCCGAGAGAAGGUGACAGAAUCCUCCUUAGCUUUCACACAUCCUAGCACCCAACAGCAGAUGCUUAUGUGGAAGUCUACACCCAAGACUGUAUUGCUGUUGAAGAAGUUAGGACAAGAGCUCAUAGAAGAAGCCAAAGAGGUUGCUUCCUUCUUGUAUUACCAGGAGAAAAUGAAUGUGCUCGUGGAACCUGAUGUUCAUGAUAUAUUUUCAAGAAUCCCAGGAUUUGGUUUUGUUCAAACCUUUUAUAUUCAAGAUUCCAGCAACCUUCAUGAGAGGGUUGACUUUGUUGCGUGCCUUGGAGGAGAUGGGGUUAUACUUCAUGCUUCUAAUAUAUUCAGAGGCGCUGUUCCUCCUGUUGUAUCAUUUAACCUUGGAUCUCUUGGGUUUCUAACUUCCCAUAACUUUGAAGACUGCAGGCUGGAUUUGAGACAAGUCAUCCACGGGAACGACACACUGGAUGGAGUGUAUAUUACUCUUAGGAUGCGUCUUCGGUGUGAGAUUUUUCGCAAGGGAAAAGCAAUGCCCGGGAAAGUAUUUGAUGUCCUUAAUGAGCUCGUUAUUGAUCGUGGAUCUAAUCCCUACCUUUCUAAAAUUGAAUGCUAUGAGCAUGACCGCCUUAUAACAAAGGUCCAAGGUGAUGGAGUAAUAGUAGCCACACCUACGGGGAGUACAGCUUACUCUACAGCUGCAGGAGGUUCCAUGGUUCAUCCAAAUGUUCCUUGCAUGCUGUUUACACCAAUCUGCCCGCACUCUCUCUCAUUUAGACCUGUUAUACUUCCAGAUUCUGCACGUCUUGAAUUAAAGAUCCCUGAGGACACGCGAAAUAAUGCAUGGGUGUCUUUUGAUGGGAAGAGAAGGCAGCAACUCUCAAGAGGAGACUCUGUUCGAAUAUCUAUGAGCAAGCAUCCUCUGCCAACAGUCAAUAAAGCUGAUCAAACUGGUGACUGGUUCCACAGCUUGAUACGCUGCUUGAAUUGGAAUGAAAGGCUGGACCAGAAGGCACUGUAAGGCUUGAAAUAUAUAUUACUUGAUAAAUGCUGAUUUUAGCUCGAGUGUAAAUGUUUGUACAAAAUUUAUACAUACGUUGUGAAAAGCGAAUGAUAGUUCUCUUUACAGGCUUCCAAAGAAA